CACUCGCCGCUCUGAUUCCGUUGAAGCCCCCGCGGAGACUGAUACAACUCUGCGGGAUCCUACCGUAUAGAAAUGGAGACGCUCCAUCGUCCCAUCCAUCUUCCGCCCCAUGGCUCAGCCUCUUCAACCUUGCGAUAAUGAGGUUGGUAGCUCUGCAUCGACGUAAUAUCCAUAUAUGCCAUCUCGAAAGUUAUAGACCAAAGUGAUACAAAAAGGGGGUCCCUGAAGGGUCCAUCUGCCCACCACCCAUGACUCAACCUCUAACUUUGCCAUAAUUGACGUAAAGCGUUGUCGUAUCUAGCCUGUUUAUAUAUUUCCCCAAAGUCGCCACGGAGACUAUCACGACGAGAACUACCAACAGCAAACAUGGCCAUCUUAUCACGCAAAUUCAACCCCGGGCAAGAUCCCGAGCAUUUCGAUCCCAAAACCGGAAGCUGCUCAAUAGAAUACUACGCCGCCUGCAAAGACCCCUACCGCGCUGCUGCCAACAAGAUCCCCGUCGGCUGGCCCUGGGAUGUCCACAAAACUUCCAACGUCGCGGUCGAGGUAUUCGAUGAACUCGACGAGUCGAUCCGAGAAAUACUCUCAAACCAUGAGAUUAAUCCGCGGAUGAUCGGCGUAUACAGCUUUGCGCCACGGCAUACGCCAAAGGAUGUAAAGGAUACGAUACUCAUUAGAACGCGCGAUGAGUUCAACGUAUCAUCGUGGAAAAGGGCCGUAUCUGAGAUCUACGAGAUUGUUGAGCCGGCUGCAGCAGCAGCUGGGGUUGAAAUGAGAGUAGAGAUUCGCAACGACGAGAAGUCGUACAGUGAUAUAUCUUACAUUAUUAGGGAUGAAGCUACGAUUAAUUCCAUCGCGAAGAUCCAGCCCUUCGUCCUCGAUGCCGUCAUGAAGCAUUGUCCCGGGAAAUGGACCACUAUCGCGUACCACUACCGCGGAACUCAGUACUACGACUGCGAAGAUCGCCUCACAGCUAUUAUCUUCAUUCAACCAGGAGCAGUGCACGCAUGGGCCGAGCUCGAAGAGAAAAUCAGCAGCACUAUCGUAUCUGCGAUUUCCCCAGAAGAGAUUGAUAUCUCUGUUGAGAUUCUACCGGGCAGGAUUGCACUUACACGCCCGUCUGAGAGAUCUCAUGAAUAUGUGUACCUGAGUUGGCUACCAGCGGUUCCAUCUAACGGGUCAUCCAUUGCGCCGUCGAAUUGCACAAAUUCAGCAGGGACUCUCGGCGCUGUUGUGAACUACCGCGCUGCCGGCGAUGAGGAGGAUAGAAAGUGCUUUCUUACCUGCUAUAAUGUGAUAGCAACCGGCGACCUAUUUGGGCAAAAAACAAACGACUCCCUCGGCAUCGGAUUAGAUGGACGGCAAGUCGAUUACAAGAUCAAUGUCGAGUACCCAGCUAAAUACGACGUAAGACAGACGAAGGUAGCUCGCAUAUCUUGCAUCGAAAAUUGGAAUGCAACAGAAGAGGAUUUCGAGAUCCUCAGCCGCCUUGAGCAAAUGGCUUCCCUAGGACCUAUCGGCCAUGUCAAGUUCGCCUCAGGCUAUCGCCUUUCCGACACAAAGCACCGGAUGGACUGGGCGCUCAUCGAACUCGACUCCUCGCGCCCCUUGAAGAACCUCCUACCACCAGAGACCCAGUUCAGGAGACACGGUUCCCCUUACUACCGUGUCCAAGAAGGCGAUACCGUCUCCGGAACCACCACCAGCUUCAGGAGCGAGUGGUACGGCAAAGUCGGCCUAUCCUCCGAAUGCACCGGCGCUGAACAUAACAUACUCAAGCGGGCGAUUCGGUGGCAUGACGGGAAGGUGUCCCAUGAGUAUGAGUUUAAACGAGGCCGUACGGACGAGACGUUUGCACAGGUGGGGGAUUUUGGUGCGCUAGUUUUUAACUUGCGGAAGGAGUGGGCGGGGAUGUUGUUUGCGGUGGAUAGGAGUACGGGAAUUGGGUUUGUGACGCCGGCGUGGGAGAUAGUGAGGGAUAUUGAGGAGAGGACGAGGGGUACGAUCACGAUUGUCUGAGUGAAUAAUUCAAAUCUUGUAUUUAAUAUUAUACUAUCUGCUAUUCACAAUCCUUGUCCAUAC